AUGGACACCCAAGAGUACAUAAACGCAUAUAUGGAAGGAAUGGCGGAUGGAAGAUUCGCCAUGGCAGAUAAUUUUAGCAUGCAGCCUAAAAAUCUGGAGCUUCUUUCUCUUCUGGGGCUUAUAGUAUUGUUUCCGGUUUUGCUCAUCCUGGGAAAGUUUGGUUAUGAUUUUUAUGUAAGAAGGCACCGCAAGAGAUAUAUCAGCCUGCAGGACUUUAACAGGGUCGAAGACAGCUGCCUGAAGGAGGAAGAAGAGGCCAGCGACGAAGGGGUGUACUCGUCCAGGACCAUUUACAUAGGGCCUAGGCCUAUGAAUAGAAUGAGAAUUCGGGGAGAUAAUACCAAGUCGAGAAAGUACAUGUGGGGUGUGAUCGCCUAUUUUGUGAUUGGACUUGCAUUCUUGGUGGGGUAUUUGCUAAUGAUUUUUUUCGUGUACAAGAGGUACUACAACAGCUCAAAUGCAAGCAUGCACCAGGAGCUGGACGCCUUGCUGCAGAAGAAGGCGCUGGAGCACGGGGGAGUUAUUCUCGAAGAAGAAACGCUUGGCAGAUCCUCCAGGAGUGUUUCUGAUGAAUUCCAGACCCUACAGCUAGGAAAGUACUCUCUCGAGUACAAAAACGUUGUCCUGACAAAGAAAGGGCUGUUUAAGAUCAUGAACAGAGGUACAGGGCUGCAUGCGCCGCUAGAAACAAGCUAUGAAAUUCUGAAGAUCUUAGCAGCGAAGCUCCAAAGCAAAGAGUUCAGCGAGCUCAUCAAGUCGCACCCGCUAUACAAGCGCUAG